GUGUCAUUAGUUAUCUCUACAGAGACAAUAUGAGCGCUUCUGUUGCCGUGUACAGGAGCGUUUACACGGAGGACCGAUUCAAACAGGCUUACGGCUCUGAUGAUAACGCCAGUGGAAGCUUGCGGCUCCGGGAAAGAAUCGCAGGGAGGUGCAGGUGCUCAAAGCGAGCCUGCCUUCACCUGUUGAGGGAGAGAGUGCCCAUUUUCAGCUGGCUGCCAAGAUACAGGCUAAAGAAAUGGAUUCUAGGAGAUACUAUAGCAGGACUGACAGUUGGUAUUCUUCACAUUCCGCAAGGCAUGGCCUUUGCUUUACUCACAUCCGUGGCUCCAAUAUUUGGCCUUUACACCUCUUUCUUCCCUGUUGUCCUAUAUAUGUUUUUUGGCACAGGUCGCCAUGUAUCCACAGGGACCUUUGCUGUAGUGAGUUUGAUGACUGGCUCUGUGGUGGAGCAGCUGGUUCCCAGUCCUCUGGAGAUGAACUCAAGUUCUUCUGAAGCGACUGACUUUGAGGCCCAGAGAAUUGGUGUGGCCUCAGCCAUAGCACUUCUCUCAGGAAUUAUUAUGCUCUGCAUGUUUGCUCUUCAGCUGGGAUUUCUCUCCACCUACCUAUCUGAGCCAAUUGUUAAGGCUUUCACCAGCGCUGCUGCCUUCCAUGUCACCAUCUCCCAGCUGCAAAGCAUGCUGGGCCUGCGGCUACCUCGUCACACCGGUGCCUUCUCCCUCUUCAAGACUUUAGCAUCCGUGAUGGAGAACCUGCCUCAGACUAACAUGGCGGAGCUGCUGAUCUCUUUGAUGUGUUUGGCCGUCCUGGUCCCAGUUAAGGAGCUCAACAUUCGUUUCAGGCACCGCCUGCGAACACCUAUCCCUGUGGAGAUCCUCACGGUGAUUACUGCUACAGGUGUGGCUUAUGCCUCCUCACUGGAUUCUACUUACAACAUUGAGAUAGUUGGCCAUAUCCCUGCUGGAUUCCCGAGGCCACAGCUGCCUGCUUUUCACACUUUUCCUGCCAUUGCUGGGGACACGAUAGCCAUAACAUUUGUUGGUUAUGCUGUGUCUGUCUCACUGGCAAUGAUUUAUGCUGAUAAACAUGGAUAUUCGAUACACCCCAACCAGGAGCUGCUGGCUCAUGGGAUCUCCAACACAGUGUCCUCCUUUUUUACCUGCUUCCCCAGCUCAGCCACGUUAGCCACCACUAAUAUACUCGAGAGUGCUGGAGGAUACACACAGCUCUCUGGGUUGUUCACUAGUCUUGUUGUCCUGAUUGUCCUUCUGCUGAUUGGACCACUGUUCUACUUCCUACCCAAGGCAGUCCUGGCAUGCAUCAAUGUUACCAGCCUCAGGCAGAUGUUCCUGCAGUUCCAAGACUUACCUGAACUGUGGAGAAUCAGCAAAAUUGACUUCAUGGUUUGGCUUGUAACUUGGCUGUCUGUGGUGAUACUCAAUGUGGACCUUGGCCUGGCUAUUGGGGUGGUCUUCUCUAUGAUGACUGUCAUCUGUCGCACACAAAGGGCUGGUUGUUCAGUACUUGGCCGGGCCAGCAACACAGAAAUUUACAGACCUCUGGAGAACCACAGCAAGUGCUAUGAAGUGCCUGGAGUGAAAAUCCUGACUUACAAUGGGCCUAUUUACUAUGGCAACCGCAGCUUCUUCAGGGAGGAAAUGAGCAGGCUGUUGGGCCUGACACCAGAGAAGAUCAGCAGCUGGGAGAAGGCCAGAAAAGCCCUGGAGAAGCGGGAGAGGGAUACCACUGUCAACACCGUGGAAAGAGGUAUUGCAAACACAUCAUUUUCCUCAGAAAACGAAUUCUUCAAAUCAGAAACAGAGAGCGAUGUGCAGGAAGUGCUAAUCGAUUGCAGCAGUGUGAUAUUUGUUGAUGUUGCUGGAGCAAGACUACUCACGCAGAUGUGUACCGAGUGCCAGAAAAUUGGAGUUCAUGUAUAUUUGGCAAACUGCAAUGAGAGUGUCUUAAAGAUCCUAACAUCGAGUGGCCUGAUGAACUACGUGAACCCUCAGCAUAUCUUCGUCACUGUCCACGAUGCUGUGGUGUAUAUUCAACAGCAGAAGGAAAAACCUUCAGAGAACACGACUGUGUGGGUAUGAGCCAGGAGGAUAUUGAUGAUGAUGAUGGGAUCAUGUACCCCUCAACCAAGUGUGUAGUGCUAAAAUGGCAGAAAGCACCAGGGCUUCUGUUGAAUUAGCAAAG